AACAUCAUUUGAAGAAUCCAAAGGGUAAUACUUCGGAAACUGCUUCGAAUGAGAGCAACAGCAAUAAUAGUAUAGUAUCAUAUACUGUUGAAGAAAACAAUAAAUUCAACUUCAAUGAAGUAAAAUAUUUUAUCGCAUUUUCACGGAAUUUUCUACAAGAUCAAGAUGAUCGUGAUUUGGAGGACGAAGAAAAGCUUAAAGUCGGUUCUGAAGCUGUUGAUAACAAUGAGAAUGAAUCACAUUGUCAAAUUCAUCGAGAUCCAGAAGAACAAGACUAUUAUGAUGAUAACGUUGGUAGUUCUGGUAGCGGUUAUGAUAAUGAUGCUAGGAGUUCUGAGAGGACUUAUUCUGUUCGUAUUAACGGUAUUGUUGAUGUACCAUUUGGACCAGAUG